UGAAAAGGGAGACGAUUUCGGACUCUACAGCGGAUUCCGAUUCUGAGCAGGUUACUUGGCAACUCGUAACGAUUGCGUGACAACUGUCAGCGGCUCGGUGAGCAAGCAUGCCAGAAACGGCAAAAGUGUUCGUUUUCAGUUUUGAACAAGGGUUCUCCUGACUCGUGUAGAUGUACAAAUGAUCAGUGACUAGUAACCAACAAAAAGUUGUUAUGGUCGCUCUUUUUGUUCGCCAGAGUAUGCUCUACCAGCCUGCAUGAGCUAACAUAGCCAACACCAUGGUGGAGCUCUUAUAAGCUGUGAUCUUUUUCUGGUUUAAAAAAACAGUGUGCACAAUGAUAGCCUACUCGCCGUGAUUUUUUAGCCAUAGUUCUCCUCAGAAAUAGCCGGCGACGAAUUAUUUUUCAUAGACCGAAGCUGAGAUGCUUUGCUGUCACGUCGACGGCGUCAGCGUGUAACUGAACACAAACCAGGUUGAUCAACAGCAGUGGCGCCUGUAGAAGAUAUUUAGUUGGGGGGCCAGAUGGGGCCAGUGAAAAUCUUGGAGUGGCACACUAAAAAGACUAUACAGCAUAGAGGAAUUUCAGGGUACGCAACUUAGUUAAUACAAAGGUAAGGACACUAUAUUAUAGUAUAAUAGCUAAAUUACAGACUGUUUAAUUCCUUGGCUGAUGUGAAUAUAAGAUUAUGAUUCACAUGAGAUCAGCCAAGGAAUCAUUAAUUAGCCUAUCAAAUUCCAAUUUGAAUGCAUCAUCACCAAUAAAUCAAGGGUGUGGGUUGCUUAAACAUAAAUAUUAAUUAUUAGCUGAUAACAAAGGUUUCAUUUAUGUCCAGCACGUCAUAUUUUAUAUUAUUUACAAGUAUCUUCCAUUCUUUGAAUCAUAGCCUCAAACAGAAAUUGUAGCCUAUUUCAAAUGUCAAAAUUCUAGGUGGCCAAAAAUUCUACAAGUGGCUGUAAUUCUAGGUGUAAUUCUAGGUGUAUCUGUAUUCUAUAGAAUGAAAUAAUUAAUUAUGGAUGCAAAAAUGUCUAACCUAAAGUUCUGAUGCAAUUACAAAACACCACACAUCAGAUUUCAUGCUCAAUUUCUUUAUUACUUUUAUCACUUCAAAGAUUUGUAUAAUUUAAUAAUAACCAACAUGGCAUUCCAUUUCCAUAGUUUUAUCUCAAAAUCAUGUACAAAAAUAAUUUCCCUUCUUGAGAAUGCUCCCUUAAAAAUUCAACUCAAAUGUGUAAGCCACUGUAUAAGCCUACCUCCUAUGGCUUCAAUACACACCACCUCUAACCACAAUCUAACCACUAAAACUUCUAUAAUUUCUUCUGGACACUGUGGUGGGGUGGGCGUGGUUUGAGCGUCGGCUGCAGAGAGAGAGUGAGAGGAGCGGCUCUCGGAUCCUUCGUCACAGCUGUCAGGUGGAGGUAAUCAGCGCCGAUAAGUAUCAAUUGUUUAAUUGCGCUGAUUGCCUCUGAUUGUUUUCAACAGUGAGCCUGGGGUUUUUAAAAGCGGAGACCGGGAGUCUUCGAGAGCGAAAAACGCCGGAGGAAAGACGGGUCGGCAAAGAAAUUACCAGAAACCCAAAAAGUAUAUGUGUUACGUUGUAGCCAGGCAAAGCCGGUGGCUGAAUAAACGAGCACGCAAGUGAUAAAAACCAAACCUUGUCUCCAGUGAGUCUGUUGGCGGGCAGGAGGGGUGGCACUCACUUGCCAUAGUGGUGGCCCGUACGGGGAGGCAUAGGAAAAGACGACCAACAGUUUCACAAGAGACAAUCAUGGAGCACAGCCCGGAACAGGGGGAAACUACACAACCGGUGGUGGCGCUGGCAAGAAUGCUGGAGGGGAUGGCGGCGAUGCAGGAAAGACAGACGGCGUUACACGCCGAACAGCUUGAGGCUCUGCGUGCACAGACCUCCCUCCAGACUCAGGCUCUGCUGCAGCUGGCUGCUGCGGGAGAAACCAGCUCCCGAGAGCGACAAACCGGGUCCCCCGUAGCUCUCCAUAUACCCAAAAUGACCCCGGAUGACGACGCGGAGGCAUUCCUCGAGGGUUUGAGGUGGCAGCGAGGGCGUGCCGAUGGCCGGAGGAGGAGUGGGUCGUCCGCCUCCUGCCCCUCUUAACAGGGGAAACUCAACAAGCGGCACACAGUCUACCCCCCACAGCGCGGGCUGAGUACGCGAACCUGAGGAAGGCGGUCCUGGACCGCCUGGGGUACAGCCCGGAAGAACACCGGAGGCGGUUCCGGGAGACGACCCUGGCAGGAGAGGACCGGCCGUUCGCGUACGCCCAGAGACUGCUGGACAUGGCGCGUCGGUGGCUGCGACCGGAACUCCGGUCAGCCGACAGGGUGGUGGAGCUGGUGACCCUUGAGCGGUUCAUUGAUGGCCUCCCGGGGGAGACGGCGAACUGGGUGAGGUGCCAUCGACCGACCGGGUUGGCGGCCGCCGUCACCCUGGCGGAGGACCACCUAGCGCUCUACCCCCGCGGCCAGUCACAGCAGCAGCAGCAGCAGCAAGGACGGGCAGAAACGGCUCCGCGCAGGAGAGCCCCUCCUCGUUCUCUUCCUCGUUCCAUUCCUUCCUCCCUUCCCCGUGCCCAAACCCCCUCAUUUUCCCGCAACAACCCUUUUUUUUCUGUUUCCCCAGCCCCAGGCUCAGUGGCGACGGGGUUCGACCCACAGAGAGCUCCUCAGACGCCCAGACCGGGGUGUUGGCGGUGCGGACAACCAGGUCACCUGCGCCGCGAGUGCCCGCUCAUGGAGAUGGGGCAGGUGGUUCGUGUUGUCGGCCCGCCCACCUCCGCUCCCGACCCAGACGGAGCGUACUGUAUUCCGACCGAUGCGUCGGACAGAGGGCUGGGGGCGGUUUUGACCCAGCAGGUGGAGGGAGUCGAUCGCCCCGUGCUGUACAUUAGCCGAAAACUGUCACAACGGGAGGCGAAGUACAGCAUGGUGGAGAAAGAGUGCCUCGCCAUUCGGUGGGUGGUCGGAGCCCUCCGUUAUUACCUUCUGGGUCGCCCAUUCACCCUCUGUUCAGACCAUGCCCCCCUCCAAUGGCUCCACCGCAUGAAGGAUACCAAUGCCCGGAUCACUCGGUGGUAUCUGGCUUUGCAGCCUUUUAACUUCAAGGUGAUCCAUAGACCGGGCGCACGGAUGGUCGUGGCUGACUUCCUCUCUCGCCCCCAGGAGGGGGGGGGGGAGGUGGGGGGUUAGUCAUCGGCCGGAUGGCUCCCUGGCCUAAGUCGGGCAGUGGGGGUAUGUGGUGGGGUGGGCGUGGUUUGAGCGUCGGCUGCAGAGAGAGAGAGAGUGAGAGGAGCGGCUCUCGGAUUCUUCGUCACAACUGUCAGGUGGAGGUAAUCAGCGCCGAUAAGUAUCAAUUGUUUAAUUGCGCUGAUUGCCUCUGAUUGUUUUCAGCAGUGAGCCUGGGGUUUUUAAAAGCGGAGACUGGGAGUCUUCGAGAGCGAAAAACGCCGGAGGAAAGACGGGUCGGCAAAGAAAUUACCGGAAACCCAAAAAGUAUAUGUGUUACGUUGUAGCCAGGCAAAGCCGGUGGCUGAAUAAACGAGCACGCAAGUGCUAAAAACCAAA